AUGAGUGAAGUCUCAUUCUUAGAAAGAAUGACAAGAGUUAUGAUAAUGUUUGAGGUUUCAUGUAUCCUAAUUUAUUUAGUAAACGAAGUUCCAAGUGCAGAGGGUAGAGUCCACAACUACACAUGGGAGGUUUCAUACCAAUACAAGUAUCUUGACUGCUACAAAAAGCUUGCUAUUGCCAUUAAUGGAAUCACUCCAGGGCCUGCAAUUUAUGCUGUGCAAGGUGACACAAUUAUUGUCAAUGUUGUUAAUAACUUGGUCAUGGAAAAUGUCGCCAUCCACUGGCAUGGCAUCCGUCAGAUUGGAACUCAAUGGAGUGAUGGAACAGAUGGAGUGACUCAAUGUGCUACAAUGCCUGGUGAUACCUUCACCUAUAAAUUUGUUGUCGACAGGCCUGGAACAUACAUGUAUCAUUCCCAUUAUGGAAUGCAGAGAGAAUCAGGGCUGUAUGGAAUAAUCCGUGUAUUUCUUCCCAAGGGACAACCAGAGCCCUUCCCGUUCCCCUAUCAUUACGAUCGACACAUCAUCCUCAGUGAUUGGUACCACCGCAAUCCCUAUGAACGAGCCGCCAACUUGUCUUCCAUCCCCUUUCAGUGGGUCGGAGAACCUCAGUCACUUUUGAUCAAUGGAAGAGGGAAGUACAACUGUUCUCUUUUGGGUUCAACUGCAGACUCAGAAGUUUGUAAUCUGAAAAAUCCUGCAUGUUUUCCAGCUGUUUUGACAGUAAUCCCUGGAAAAAUAUAUCGCUAUAGGAUCGCCAGCUUGACUUCACUUUCUUCUUUCAGUUUCCAAAUAGAGGGCCAUAGCAUGACUGUUGUUGAAGCUGAUGGCACGUACGUUGAGCCAUUUGUUACUCAGAACUUGUACAUUUACUCAGGCGAGACAUAUUCUGUGUUGGUGAAGGCCACUCAGGAUCCGACAAGGAAUUACUGGGCUACCGUAAAUGUAGUUAGUCGACGACCAGCAACUCCUGAUGGCUUAGCCAUUUUCAAUUAUUACCCAAAUCAUUUCCAUAAAUUUCCUCCUACUAAACCACCACCUGGUCCUCUUUGGAAUGAUGCUGAGUCCAGAAUAAACCAAAGUCUCACCAUUAAAGCACUCAAAGGUCGUGUAGAGUCACCACCCAAGACCACAGACAGAGUCAUUGUGCUUCUCAACACACAGAACACCAUUGAUGGCUAUUAUCGCUGGUCUCUAAACAAUGUGUCUCACUCUCUACCUGCUACUCCAUAUCUUAUAGCACUCAAGAAAAGUAUCAGUGAUGUCUUCGAUCAAACCCCAGCUCCAGAAAGCUACAGCCCAGAUUAUGACAUAUUCAGUGUUGCUAAGAACACAAAUGCUACUUCUAGUACAUCCAUUCACAGGCUUGUGUUCAACUCCACAGUUGAUAUUAUUCUUCAGAACGCCAACACCAUGACCAAGAAUAAUAGCGAGACGCAUCCUUGGCAUCUUCAUGGGCAUGAUUUUUGGGUGUUGGGUUACGGGAGUGGAAAGUUCAACAAUGAAACUGAUGUUGGGAAAUACAAUUUGGAUAAUCCGAUAAUGAAGAAUACGGUGCCGCUUCACUCUUAUGGAUGGACUGCAUUGAGGUUUCGAGCAGAUAAUCCAGGCAUAUGGCUUUUUCAUUGCCAUAUUGAGUCUCACUUCUUCAUGGGAAUGAUGGUGCUGUUUGAAUCUGGUUCAGAGAUGGUUUCAGAACCCCCGCAGGCUAACAUGGGCUGUGGGGCAACCAAGCGAUUCAUUGAUAAUACUACUCCGGCUUGA